AUGGUGGCGACACCGCGCGCGCCGCGCGCGGCUGCGGAUGUGGCUCGCGACAUCCGCGCGGAGAUGACCUCGACGUCUUCAUCCGUCGACGCCCUCCGCGCCCAUCUCGCGUCCGCGCUCGCGUCCGCGCGCGACGCCUCCGCGCGUUCCUCCUCCGACGCAUCAUCCGACGAGGCUGUCCGCGACGCAUCCUCGCUGCGGGACCCUCGCGCGCUGGUCGCGAGGUUUCGCGCCGUGAACGACGCGCGCGAGACGCUGGCGCGCGUCGCCCGCGCCGAGGCUGCGCUGCGCGACGCGAGCGCCGGCGCCAGGUCCGUCCAUCCCUCCUCGGCGACGCGCGCGGAUCUCCCCCGCCUACGCGAGGCGUCCGCGUCUCUCCUCGGCGCGUCCGAUGCCCUACGCGACGCGCGGGACGCACAGCUGUGCAGCGACCCACCGCGCGCACCGGCGCACGAUCGGUUCACCGCAUCCCUCGCCGCGCGCAUCCGCGCCGAGUGCGAUCGCCUCCGCGCCGUCGCGACGCGUCUCGCCGUCGACGCCGCGGGACGCACCGGAUGGCCACCACCAAUCAACCCAAGCGCGGUGGACGCGUUCGAGUGGCGCGUCGACCCCUCGUCCGACGAAUCCGCCGCGGACCUUUGCGACGCGUGCGCCGUCCUGGGUGCGCUGCAAGCCGCGGCGGAAAACACGGCAAAGUUGGACGGCGACGGAAUCGAACCCGCGACGUUGUUCGAGUCGUGGAUCGCCAACGCGCUCGCGUCGCCCGUGCGAGAUGCGGUGGAGAGACACUUCGUGGCCGACGCUUCGUCGCCGGCGAACGAUCCGAGCCGACCGGAGAGGCUCUUCGCGUGCGUGACGCGCGUCGCGGCGCGCUGCGCGCCACUAGUCGACGCCGCGCUCCGGCACGGAAUCGAACCCGCGACGUUCGAAUCGCGCGCGGGCGGUUCAGACGCCGGGAUACGUUCCAAGGCUUCCGUUCAAAGGCUCGCGACGGGCUUCGCCGUCGCGCUCGCGCGAAUCGCGCGUGACGUCGUCGAAGGGCACUUCAUCCCGGCGACGGAGACGGCGGAGACUGAGGAAGGGUACGUGGGCGCGAGGGCGUACUCGAGGGAGAAUUCCAGGGCGUCGGACGCGCGUUGGCUGCACCUCGCGGAUGAGUGCGAGCGGUUCGACGUUGAGGUUCGCGCGUUGGUGACGCGACUGUCGUCGAACCCGAAGGUUGGGCGUUCGAUACCCACUGCGGCCGGAGCGAACUUCCUCGUGGACGCGGACUCGCUCCCCGCGGGGUGCAGCGCGCUCGCCGCGCUCGCUUCGUCCGGCAGGGACCGCGCCGUUCGAUGGAUGCGCGCCGAGCUGACGGAUUGUCUUCGCGAAAUCGACGUCGUCGCAGCCGAUACAAACGCCGGUGCUACAAACGACUCGUGGUCCCCCGCGGGGAUCGGCGCGAUCGGGGUUGGGUACGAGGAGGGAGAUCCCGACCCGUCGCUCGCCGCGGAGGUAUCGAACCCGCGACCUUCGGGUUCCGGUUCGGACGGCGUCACCGCGCCGCCCGUCGCGGAGAAGGCGGCGGAGUGUUUCAACCGAGCCGUGGACCGAGCCUUGUCGCUCCCGAAGGAAACCUUCGUCCCCGACACGUCCACGAGCGACCCGGCCAUCUGGGAUCCAACCCACCCCAUGUACGAACCUCCCGUGAACGCGCGGCUGGCGUACCUCGCGAACGUCGCGUCGGAGUUUAUCGGCGUCUUUUGCGAUCAGACGCUUACGUACCGGGUAAAAGCGGCUGAUGCGUACCACGCGAUGAUAUCCACCGUGUCCCCGACGGCCGCCGCGAACGGCGCGCUGAGGGUCGGCGAUUGCGUCUGCGUCGCGCGGAGGCUCGCGGGCGCGACGCGGGACAGGGGCGAGGACGCCGCGGCGCUCGCCGCGGCGGGAGGGAACGAUAACCUCUUCGGCGACGCGGUCGCCAAGCUUGACGCGUUUGCGGACGAGUGGACGCGGAAAAUCGCGGAGACGUUCGCCGACGCCUUCGAGCGAUCGGCGGUUUCGUACCUGUCGAACGCGCACCUCGCGGGACGGUUCGGGGCGCGGGACGACGCGACGAGCGACGGGAACGGGAACGGGGACGAAAAGUCGGCACCCGGGGACGGGGACGACGGGGACGACGGGGACGAAAACCGAAACCAAAACCAAAACCAAAACGAUCCACGCGACCCGAGGGGUCUCGGCGCCGAGGUGAUGGCGUCGCCGGCGCUCGUUCGCCCGCUGCGGGUCCUCCGCGACGGCCUCGCCGUCGUCCGCGCCGCGCUCGUCGCCGCCGACGCCGUCGACGACGGCGGCGGAUCGUGCGUGCAGUCGGCGACUCGCGUCGUCGCUCAAAUCGUCUGCGACACGAUCCUCCGCCGAGUCGUCCUCGGGAACAAAGCCGGAUUCACGCGAACGGGCGCGAGCUACUUCCAGCGCGACGUGGACGCGAUUCGCGCGUGCUUCGCGCCGCACCUGCGGCGCGCGGACAACUACCUCGGCGUGUUGAACGAGUGCGCAGUUUUGCUCAACCUGGACGCGUCCGACGCGAGGGCGGUGGUCGCCGCCGUGGACGCCGAGCUCCGAGUUGGGGCGGCGUCGCGGGGGGUUGGCGAAACCCAGCGAAACUCCGCACUCGCUUCGGGGUCGGUGAACGCGGCGGUGGAGAGGCUGAGGGAGGCGCACGGCGUGCACAGGCUGACGGCGUCGCAGGUGGCGCGGGUUCUGUCCAAACGGCGCGACGCGGGACGCGGCGGGGGUUUGUGAGCGUACUUUUGGUUUAGAUUUUUGAGUGUCGCACGGAUAGAGCGCGUCGCGGUUC